UCGUAUCGAACAUUAUUAUAAUUAUUAGUCUCGUGUUUCAUCAGUUGCGAGUGGCCAUAAACAUACAAAUGCGCUCUCUGCUCAUCGUUUUCAACGUGAGCGGAAUGCGAAGAAAUCUCUUUGUUUUGCAUCAUUGCAUGCAUGAUAACCGGGCCGCUUAUAUAUUUAGCUGUCAGUACUGCAGCUUCAAGCUUUGUGGUGGUGUAAUGGAAAGUGGUACUCAAGUCUUCAAGGCCAGAAGUUUGCGUGCAAGUAAUUCACCUAUAUGGAGGAAUAAUGCGGUGGAAGUUUUCUCGAGGUCUUCACGAGAUGAAGAAGAUGAAGAAGCUCUCAAAUGGGCUGCACUCGAAAAACUUCCUACGUACGAUCGUUUAAGGAAGGGCAUACUAACUUCAUCAAGGGGUGAGGCCUCUGAAAUCGAUAUACAUAAUCUUGGACAGCAAGAAAGGAAGAAGUUGAUUGAGAGGUUGCUAAAAAUUGAAGACGAUAAUGAAAAGUUCUUGCUGAAGCUCAAGGGUCGGUUAGAUCGGGUUGGAAUUCAGCUUCCAACAAUUGAAGUACGAUUUGAGAAUCUAAACGUAGAAGCAGAAGCUUACGUAGGAAGCAGAGCUUUACCUACUUUCUUCAACUUCCAUGUCAAUAUCAUAGAGGGGUUCUUGACUUAUCUCCACAUUCUUUCAAAUAGAAAGAAACGUUUCACUAUCCUUAAAGAUGUCAGUGGAGUCAUCAGGCCUAGCAGAAUGACAUUACUAUUGGGUCCUCCAAGUUCUGGGAAGACCACACUUCUGUUGGCGUUGGCCGGAAAGCUCGAUCCGGAUCUAAAGUUUUCGGGGAGGGUGACUUAUAAUGGCCAUGGCCUGAAGGAAUUUGUACCCCAGAGGACUGCUGCUUAUAUAAGUCAACAUGAUGUCCAUAUUGGAGAAAUGACCGUGAGGGAAACCUUGGCCUUUUCCGCAAGGUGUCAAGGGGUUGGAUCGCGCUAUGAAAUGCUGGCAGAGUUGUCUAGAAGAGAAAAAGAGGCUAACAUAAUGCCUGACCCUGAUAUCGAUGUCUACAUGAAGGCCGAGGCAACUGAAGGUCAGGACACAAGCGUGGCGACAGAUUAUAUAUUAAAGGUCAUAUCGGCAAUUUGCCAUUUAGUUCUGUCCUUACAAAUUAAAAUGACUUUUAGGAACGUCGAUCCAGUUAAUAUUCUUCAGUUUCUUUACCUUGCUUCACUCUUGAAUGUACAGGUUUUGGGAUUGGAAGUGUGUGCGGAUACCAUGGUUGGGGAUGAGAUGCUGAGGGGUAUUUCAGGCGGACAAAAGAAGCGUGUUACGACAGGGGAGAUGCUGGUCGGACCAGCAAAGGUACUGUUGAUGGAUGAGAUUUCAACUGGUUUGGACAGUUCUACAACUUUUCAAAUUGUGAAUUCGAUCAAGCGAUACGUUCACAUUCUUGAUGGAACAGCAGUCAUCUCCCUCCUCCAGCCAGCACCUGAAACUUAUGAUCUUUUUGACGACAUUAUUCUCCUCUCCGACGGGCAAAUCGUGUACCAGGGGCCUCGUGAACACGUUCUUGAAUUUUUCGAAUAUAUGGGCUUCAAGUGUCCUGAAAGGAAAGGAGUGGCUGACUUCCUGCAAGAAGUGACCUCAAGGAAAGAUCAAGAACAGUACUGGGCACGCAGAGAUAAACCUUACAGGUUUUUAACGGUCAGAGAAUUUGCAGAGGCAUUCCAAUCAUUCCAUGUGGGAAGGAGACUAGGAGACCAACUUGCAACUCCAUACGACAAGACAAAAAACCAUAGAGCUGCUUUGACAACCAGGAAAUAUGGUCUCAGCAAGAAGGAGCUUUUGAAAGCAUGCUUCUCAAGAGAAUACUUGCUUAUGAAGAGGAAUUCAUUUGUCUAUUUGUUCAAGCUCACGCAACUUUCAUUAGUGGCAGUUGUAGCAAUGACAGUUUUCCUACGGACCAAGAUGCAUCGUCGUUCAGUAGAGGAUGGAGGAAUUUUUCUGGGUGCUUUGUUUUUCGCUGUGACUAUGAAUAUGUUUAAUGGAUUGGCAGAGAUUUCUUUGACCAUUGCUAAGAUUCCUGUUUUCUAUAAGCAAAGGGACCUCCUCUUUUAUCCUUCUUGGGCGUACGCUCUUCCAUUAUGGAUCCUCAAAAUUCCUAUAACAUUCAUGGAAGUUGGAGUUUGGGUCUUUAUGACCUAUUAUGUCAUUGGAUUUGACCCAAAUGUUGCAAGGUUGUUUAAGCAAUACCUUCUGCUAGUUGUUCUUGCCCAGUCGUCUUCUGCACUAUUCCGAUUUAUUGCGGCAAUGGCGAGGAACAUGAUUGUUGCUAAUACGUUCGGGUCAUAUGCAUUGCUCUUGCUCUUCUCUUUGGGUGGCGUUGUCCUGUCAAGAGAGGAUAUAAAAAAAUGGUGGAUAUGGGGUUAUUGGCUUUCCCCAAUGGUGUACGGGCAAAAUGCGAUAGCGGUGAAUGAGUUUCUGGGGAGGAGUUGGAGCCAGGUUCGAAAUAACUCAAAUGAGACACUUGGAGUUGAGGUAUUGAAGUCCCGAGGGUUCUUCCCACAUGCGUAUUGGUACUGGAUAGGCGUUGGGGCGCUGAGUGGAUUCAUAUUCCUUUUCAACAUCGGUGUCAUUCUAGCUCUCACUUUUCUCAACUCUGGCGAGAAGCCACAAAAUGCAAAAUUAGAACAACCAGAAAGCAAUGAACAAGGAGAGCAUAAAGGAGAAGGCAUACCAUUAGCGCAAAGAAGGAACAAGUCAAAUCAUGGUAGCAAUAUAGGUGACAUGUCACGGAGGGGAGAAGAAAUUACGGGAAGUACAUCUACUGGGUCCUCUGCUGUAAGGGCACAGGAAAUUUUGAGGGCCAGCAGUAACAGGAAAAGGGGAAUGGUUCUUUCAUUUGAGCCAUAUUCAAUCACCUUUGAUGAAAUUACAUAUGCUGUUGACAUGCCGCAGGAAAUGAAUGAUCAGGGUGUCCAUGAGGAUAGAUUGGUGCUUCUGAAGGGUUUGAGUGGUGCUUUUAGGCCAGGUGUUCUCACAGCUCUGAUGGGUGUUAGUGGUGCCGGUAAAACAACUCUGAUGGACGUGCUGGCUGGUAGGAAAACUGGUGGAUAUAUCGAGGGGAACAUCACAAUUUCAGGGUACCCUAAGAGGCAAGAAACAUUUGCUCGAAUUUCUGGAUACUGUGAGCAAAAUGACAUCCACUCUCCUUAUGUUACUGUCUAUGAGUCCUUGCUCUUCUCAGCAUGGCUACGUUUAUCCCCUGAUAUCGAUUCUAAAACCAGGAAGAUGUACACUGAAGAAGUCAUGGAGCUAGUGGAGCUGAACCCUUUGAGGCACGCAUUAGUUGGAUUGCCUGGGGUUAACGGUUUAUCAACAGAGCAGCGGAAAAGGCUCACCAUUGCAGUCGAGCUUGUUGCAAACCCCUCCAUAAUAUUCAUGGAUGAGCCAACUUCAGGUCUAGAUGCAAGAGCUGCAGCCAUUGUUAUGAGGACAAUUAGAAACACAGUAAACACGGGAAGAACAGUAGUUUGCACCAUCCAUCAACCAAGCAUUGACAUUUUUGAAGCUUUUGAUGAGCUGUUCCUAAUGAAACGUGGAGGACAGGAGAUAUAUGUGGGGCCAUUGGGUCUUCAUUCUUGCCACCUUAUCAAGUAUUUUGAGAGCAUCGAAGGAGUUAAAGGAAUUAAAGAUGGUUACAACCCUGCUACUUGGAUGUUGGAAAUUACAGCUUCAACAGAGGAAAUAGCUUUGGGUGUUGAUUUCGCUUCAGUAUACAAGAACUCAGAGUUGUACAAGAGAAACAAGGCACUUAUUGAACAAUUGAGCAAGCCAGCUCCUGGUUCCAAGGACCUCUAUUUCCCAAGCCAAUACUCUCAAUCAUUUUUCACACAAAGCAAGGCAUGCUUAUGGAAACAACACUGGUCCUACUGGCGGAACCCACCAUACACUGCUGCAAGAAUGCUCUUUACAGUUGCCAUAGCCUUGACCUUUGGGACAAUGUGCUGGGACAUCGGCUCUAAAACUGGAACGGAACAAGAUCUUUUUAAUGCGUUGGGUUCUAUGUUUGCUGCCAUUGCCUUCCUUGGCCUCCAAAAUUCUUCAUCUGUUCAACCAGUUGUGGAUGUUGAACGAACAGUCUUUUACAGAGAAAGAGCUGCAGGAAUGUAUUCAGCCUCAUCAUAUGCACUUGCACAGGCUGUAAUCGAGCUUCCAUAUGGUUUUGCACAAGCUGUAGUGUAUUGUGUCAUAGUCUAUUCAAUGAUUGGAUUUGAAUGGACUGCCGCCAAAUUCUUUUGGUACAUAUUUUUCAUGUACUUUACAUUAUUGUUCUACACCUAUUAUGGCAUGAUGAGUGUAGCAUUGACACCAAACCACCAGAUCGCUGCCGUAGUUUCCAUAGCAUUUCAUGCUCUAUGGAACCUCUUUUCAGGAUUUUUUAUACCGCGAUCACGGAUACCUAUAUGGUGGAGAUGGUACUAUUGGGCAAGUCCACCGGCUUGGACCAUGUAUGGACUGGUUGCUUCCCAGUAUGGAGAUGUAGAGGACAUGCUUGACUCAGGUGUAACAGUGAAAGCUUUUGCAAGAACCUAUUUUGGAUACAAACAUGAUUUUCUUGCAGUGGCAGCAGUUGGCGUUUCUGGGUUUGCUGUGCUCUUUGCAUGCGUCUUUGGCCUUGCUAUCACGGUCCUUAAUUUCCAAAGGCGAUAGAUCGGUGAUCUGAUUAUAUAUAUAUAUAUAUAUAUAUAUGUAUGUAUAAUAAAGAUGUCUCAGCAUUAAUGCUAAUGACUAUAAAGAAACUUGAUACUUCCUCUUACCAUUAAUUCCACAUGUAUCAUGGGACAUUGGAUGUAAUGUGAUCGGGCUUUCUUCAUGUUUAUUGCCA